AUGACGAAAAGCGCUAGACCGGACAACUUCGAAAUGGCGUCAAACCUGAGAGUGGUUAACGACGCGGAGGCAUCGCGGAUCAUUUCACACCUGCGCAACGAGUCGCUGAAACCCGCAGUCGUGCGUCGGCUGGCUCGCGAAUUGACCACUGCAUUAACACCGUAUGCCCUGAAGCCGCCUGCCGCAGGGGAACAGAUCGCGGUCAUCGUCAUCCUUCGAUCGGGCCUCGCAAUGGCCGAUCCAUUUCUCGCUGCUCUGCCCGACGACGUCGAUGUCGUUGUUCACCAUCUGGGACUCUUCCGAGAAAAGGAGUCGCUUCGUCCCGUGGAAUAUUACAAUAAGCUCCCCUUGAAGAGCCCGCGCAUUAAGAGGGCCUAUAUCCUCGACCCGCUGGUGGCUACUGGUGGCACCGCGAAGGCGGCCAUCAACAUCCUAAAGGACUGGGGAGUUAACCACAUCACACUACUCUCGUUGCUGGGAAGUGCACAGGGUCUCGCCAAUGUUGCCGGUGCGUGGCCCGAAGGCACGGAGAUUGUUGUUGGUGCGACUGACGAGGCGCUGGACAAGAAGGGCUACGUCAAGCCGGGCUUGGGCGACAUUGGCGAUCGGCUUUUUGGUACAGCGCUGGAAUGA